CGCAUGUGUAUAUACGCACAAAGUGUUAUCAAUGUCUAUGUCAUUAACCGCGCGAUAAUGUUCUCUUACUUGCGUGAGACAUAACAUGAAACAUGGCGGCUUACAGCCAGCAAGACUUCAACAGGAGUGCUCUGACGCUUGAUAACGGACGGGCUUGGUACACCGGGCAAAGAGCAGAGAAGAUUCCUAAUGGAUUGGUGGGAGUCGUCGGUCAUAAUUGUCUCAGUUUGGAUCUCUCCUACAACGAGCUGACCACCGUUUCUGGCUUGAAAGAUUUCGAAUGUAUUCAGGAAUUGGUCCUGGACAACAACAAACUCGACGAUCUCAAAACGCUGCCUUGCAUUCCGACUUUAACCACAUUGAGUCUAAACAAUAACAAGAUAUCCAACAUUGACAGAGUCCUCGAGCGAAUACGAGAGUGCUGUCCUAAUAUAGAGUACGUGAGUCUCCUGGGCAAUCCUGGCUAUCCCGAUCAGCUAACCAAUCCGAUGUCCACCGACGAGGAUGAUUAUGAGCGUUAUAGGCUUUACGCCAUCCACACUCUACCUCCGAGUCUUCGUUUGGACUCGCGAAAAGUCACUCAUCAGGAGAGACUGGACGCUAAGGCUCGUGGCAAAUAUUCCAGGACGAUCAGGCUCGUCCCGGAGCUGAUACACAAAUCUGUACCUAGCUCGACGCACUCCACAAAUGAGUUCGACGACAUAUACUUCAACAUUCAUUACACACCCUUGCCAAACUCGUCACGUAAUCCUCAGGAUCACAGAGGUGCAUAUGGAAAGUGCAAGUAUCGAUACUCUGGCAAGAAUUCGGAAGGCAACCGAUUCAUCUCGAAUAACGACCUCUAAUUGAAACAGAAUAUAUAAAAUAAUUGUACGAGUAUAUAUUCCCUAAGCAUGGCCUUAAAACAUCCAAUCAAACGAUUCUUCUAGUCAAGUAUGAUUCAUAAUUAAAUAUUAUCAAUUAUUAAUGUGAGAUAUAUCUCUUCCUAGAUUUCGAUGUUAUAUUACAAUUUAUCGCAUACGAGAUAUACAUGAUUAAUAUACAAUAUUAUCGAUUUUGAUGGCAAAGAUAUAUUCAAGCCUUAUAUCUUGAUAAUAAUUACAUGGUAGUAAUUGUUUGAUACAACCAUUUUAAUAUCAAUUGAGUUUACUUUAAGAAGAGACAAUAUACGUGUAAAUAAUAAUAUAUAUUUAUAAACAGUUUUUUGUUACGAAA